CGUCUUCCUACAGUCAGAACAGUACGGUCCAUCUGUGUGGUGCGAAGCAAAUGAGUGACGCUCUUCUAAAUCAUCAAAGAUGAUGUUUCAGGAAUAAAACGUGAACGUUAAAAUCUUUUCUUUUUGAUUCGUCUUGCAACUAAAAUGUUAAGUGAAAGAAAGACAAAUUGAAUGGGGAGAUAAUGUUUAAAUUUGGUGAUUCUUCUUACGUACUUCUGUGAUUCAACAAAUUCAAAUACAAGUGCACGUGUUCUUGCAGGUAAACAUUGGCAGAGACAAUAGGUACCAAUUAAGAACCAUCCACUGACGAUGCCAUCCUAUUUAUCGAUAUGGGCCAGGACGCAGACUUUUUUUUUCUUUAUUUCGUGUAACUUGUUUAUAGUCACUAGUCAACAAUAUACAGGACAGAGAUCUCGCGGAUACUCAACAAGAGUUCCUCUAGUGUUAAGGGGUGAUCAACUUCCACCACCCGAUGGAGAUUUCUUUGACAAUUCAGAAGAAAUACAUCCUCUAACCCAUAUUUCAGCACGUUGGCAUCGGCGAGAAUAUGUACCUGUCAGACUGCAUCCCUGUGAUCAAAGCUCGUGUUAUCCCGCCACCGGAAAUCUAUUAAUUGGCCGAGAAGCGCAAUUGUACGCAUCUUCUACUUGUGGACUUUACUCAAAACAGCGAUACUGCAUAGUUUCCUAUUUACAAGACCAAAAAAAAUGUUUCUGGUGCGACUCCCGACCGUCACGAAUUCAACAACCUUCUUCCAAUCAUAGUAUUAGUAAUAUUGUGUCACGUCACUAUGUCGGAACCCCAAACUUGUCUUGGUGGCAGUCGGAAAAUGGCAAAGAAAAUGUGACGAUACAACUAGAUUUAGAGGCCGAAUUUCAUUUUACCCAUCUAAUAAUUCAAUUUAAAACCUUUCGACCAGCCGCUAUGUUCAUUGAGCGAUCGUAUGAUUUUGGGAAAACCUGGCAGGUCUAUAGAUACUUUGCGUAUGAUUGUCAAAGAAGUUACCCUCAUGUUUGGGUUUCGUCAGAAAACUCUAAAAAUUUAACAGAUGUGUUUUGUGAGACGAAAUAUUCACAAGUAUCUCCUUCAACCGAUGGCGAACUAAUAUAUAGAGUACUUCCCCCGACGUUACAUAUAGACAACCCUUACUCUCAAGAAGUGCAAAAUUUACUGAAAAUGACUAACUUAAGGAUCAAUUUUAACAAAUUGCACACACUCGGCGAUGAUUUACUUGACAAGAGAGAAGACAUACAGGAGAAGUACUACUACGCUAUCAGUAACAUGAUUGUAAGGGGAUCUUGUUCUUGUUAUGGCCAUGCAAAUCGGUGUUUACCUAUAGCUGGGAUCGAUCAAAAGCCUGAUAUGGUGCAUGGUAAAUGCGAGUGCACACACAACACGAAAGGAUCAAAUUGUGAAGAGUGUGAAGAUUUUUUCAACGAUUUGCCGUGGAGACCGGCUAUAGGAAAGCAAACAAACGCAUGCCGAAAGUGCAAUUGUAAUAAUCACGCAACAAGUUGUCACUUUGAUGCUGCAGUAUAUGAGCAAACAGGACGCAUUAGCGGCGGUGUGUGUGAUGGUUGCAAGCAUAAUACCAUGGGAUCUAACUGUGAGCACUGCAAACCGUUUUAUUAUAAAGAUCCAUUACGCGAUAUUCAAGAUCCCGAAAUAUGCAGACCGUGUGAUUGUGAUCCGCAUGGUUCUUUGGAUGGUGGCAUAUGCGACUCUACUACAGACUCUGUAAAUGGCUUCGAGGCAGGCAAAUGUCACUGCAAAACCAAUGUCGAGGGUAGACGUUGCGAUAAUUGCAAAAACGGUUUUUGGAACUUCACCUCUGCCAAUCCUCACGGAUGUCAAGAGUGCACAUGUAACACAUUAGGAACAAUCGACAAUCAGGGAUGCAACAUAUAUAAUGGCGAAUGCACUUGUAAGCGAUACGUCACAGGAAGGGAUUGUAAUCAAUGUCUACCUGAAUAUUGGGGACUCUCCGACAAAAGGGACGGAUGUCAACCUUGCCGUUGUGAUCCGGGCGGUUCUUACGAUAAUAAUUGUGACGUAAUUGGAGGUCAAUGUAAAUGUCGCGAUUAUAUGACUGGUCGAAGAUGCGAUACACCUCAGCAACAAUACUUCACCGCCAGUUUAGAUUUUCUGUUGUACGAAGCAGAAUUGGCAAAACCAUCUGUGACUUGCCAAGUUGUAAUCAGAGAACCCUAUAGAGAUGGGGGCAAAAACACGUGGACUGGUACAGGGUUCAUUCGUGCCUUUGAAAAUAGUUCGGUAGAAUUUCAAGUAGAUGACAUAAAAACCUCAAUGGAUUAUGACAUCAACCUUCGUUAUGAAUCUGUCAUGGAUCGUGACUGGGACAGUGUUACCGUUACGAUAAUACGUCCAAAUCCUAUCGAUCCUAACGGUCCAUGUGCAUCUACACAUCCCUCUUACGAUUACAAACAAGGUUCGCUACCGUUCUCAAGCCGAAGUGCAUUGUUUUCGCCACCUGCAUGCUUAGAAGCGGGAGAAAAUUAUAAAAUUCGUGUAGAUUUUAAUAAUUACGUUUAUGGACAUGGUACACCAUCUGCUUCAGUAUUAAUAGAUUCGAUGGUGUUAAUCCCUCAUAUAGAAUCAAUAUCGUGGUUUAAUGAAACUGCUCCAGGCCAAUAUCGCCAUUGUCCCAUAAAAGAUUUUUAUGACCAUUUCGAAGACAUUUCACAGGAAUGCUUCGAGUACUACCGAAGUAUUGGAGCAUUAGUCUUUAAAGGAGGUCUUUCGUGUCAAUGUGACCCAACUGGUUCAAUAAGUAAGUUAUGCAGAGAAUUUGGUGGUAACUGUCUGUGUAAGCCGAACGUUUUGGGUAGAAGAUGCGAUCGAUGUGCACCUGGCACAUAUGGUUUUGGUCCUGAGGGUUGUAAAGUGUGCGAUUGUAACAGCAUUGGAGGAUUAGACAAUUUCUGCAAUGUCACCACUGGCCAGUGUAAAUGUAGGCCGAAUACUUACGGUCGUGAAUGUGAUCAGUGUAGGACCGGUUUUUGGAACUUUCCAAAUUGCCAACGGUGCGAUUGUAACGGUCACGCGGAUAUUUGCGACUCACGCACCGGUGCAUGUACGAAUUGUAGAGAUAACACAGAAGGGCACACUUGCGAUCGGUGCAUCGACGGAUAUUAUGGAGAUCCAAGAUUAGGUGUAGACAUUCCUUGCCGUCCCUGUCCUUGUCCGGGUGUAAUGAUGUCCGGGCACUCGUUCGCAGAUCGCUGUUCUUUGGAUCCCUACACUAAAGACGUUAUUUGCGAAUGCAAAGAAGGUUAUGGAGGUACAAGGUGUGACGAAUGCGCCAAUAACUUCUUUGGUAAUCCGUCUCUUCCCGGCGGUGCGUGUCAUCCAUGCGAUUGUAGCGGUAAAACGGACCUUUUCGAUUUUGGAAAUUGCGAUCCGCAUACUGGCAAAUGCUUAAAAUGCCUUUACGAUACAACUGGCGAUAGAUGUGAAAUUUGUAGGCCCGGAUUUUAUCGAUACGACGACAAUGACGUAUGCCAAGAAUGCGUUUGUCAUAUGUUGGGAACGAAUAGUUCCGCCGGACCAUGUAAUGCUUACAAUGGUCAGUGUUUGUGUCAUGUCAACGUUAUCGGUAAACAAUGUGAUCAAUGCGCUGAAAAUCAUUGGAAAAUUGCUAGUGGGUCCGGGUGCGUGCCCUGUAAUUGUGACCCAAUUGGAUCUGAAAGACUACAAUGUAACUUGUAUGACGGCCAAUGUAAGUGUAAAGAAAAUUUUGGAGGUCUUCAAUGUAACGAGUGUAGGGAGAAUUAUUGGGGUGAUCCGAAGCGAAAUGAAUGCUCUAAAUGCCUAUGUAAUAUUUAUGGCUCUGAGACCUUACAAUGCCAUAGAAAAACUGGUGCCUGUGUUUGCCGACCGGGUAUAGGUGGUUAUAAUUGCGACGAAUGCGAUCGAGGAUACCUUGGAACUGCUCCAGUGUGCACACCGUGUGGAGAAUGCUUUGACAAUUGGGAUAGGAUUUUAAAGGGCCACAGAAACGCAACCUGGCUUAUUAUUGAACGGGCGAAGAACAUUAAGAAAAUUGGUGCUACUGGUGCAUACACUAAGGAGUUUGACGAAAUGCAGCAACAAUUGCAUGAAAUUGAUGCCUUACUAAACAGUACAAAGUAUAUUGACAUACAAUCCAUUGAAGAAAAGCUGAUUGAUUUGGGAAAACGAAUUAACAAUACAGAAUCUGGGCCAAUUCAAGAAUUGUAUAACUUAAUUGACAAUAUCACCCAAGGUAUAACGCUGUCCAAGAUCGAAUUACUGCGCUUGGGAGGGGAAAAAGAUGUUCUUCAGAAUAAAAUUAAAGAUUUAGAAACAGACGGAACAGCACUUCAAGAAGGUGACGUUCAAGGGGCACUUACUUUAAUUUAUACAGCAAAACAAAAGGCAAAUCUUGCUGAUCAAAAAGCUCAAAAAACUCGGGAGACUAUUAACUAUGCAGAAAGACAGUGCAAGGCAACGGAAAAUUUGGUUAAUGUUACAGAAAAGGAAUUCCGAGAUAUGCAAGCGAGCAAUGAACGUUCGCUAGAUGACAUACGAAAUAAUAUCACCGAGCUGUAUCAAAUUAUGCCAGAGCUAAACAAUUUAGUUUGUGAUGGACGAGGUGAUCCGUGCGAUGUGAUUUGUGGCGGUGCUGGUUGUGGUAGUUGCGGAAUGGCGAUUUCUUGCGAAAACGGUGCGAAACAGCAGGCCGAGAAUGCACUAAGUUUAGCCAAUACUACAGAGUUCGUUCUGAAAGAUAAGGAAGUGAAGGCUAAUGAUUUUAUAAGAAAUGUAUCACAAUUCAAUACGACUCACGCAAAGUUACUGGCUCAAGAAGCGCAUGACCGAGCAUAUGAAGCAUUCUUAUCCACAAACACUUCGCUGGACUUGAUGAAGAAGAUGAAGAAUCGCAUAAACGAAUUUUUGAAUCAGAACCAUUCUACUCCCGAAGAUAUUGAAAAGGUUGCCAGAGAAGUGUUAGAAAAGCAAAUUGAUCAAAAGCCUGAGGAAAUUAUAGAAUUGGCUCAAAAAAUCAAGGACACUGUCGAAUCAUUGACAAACAUUGAUCCCAUUAUUGCAGCCACCGCCGACGAUCUAAAGAAAGUUGAAAAACUGAAAAGUGACGCAGAUUCUGUUAAAAUUAAAGCCAACGAAAUUUUGAAAGUCGCCGAAGAGGUAAAGGAGGCAUUAGGUAAUAGUAGUUUAGCUCAAGAGCAAGCCGGUAUAGCAAUUUCUGGUGCGAAAGGGAAUAUUGAUGAAGUCAAUAGAAUGCUAGAUAAGAUCGGUAAUACAACAGAAGAUGCUCAGCAGAAAACGAACGAAGCUGCGGAUCAAAUCGACAAGUUAGGCAAUCGGCUAACUCAGUUGCAGGUGAAAAUCACGAGCAAUGAAGAGUUUGCAAAGCGUGUAAUCGACGAAUCGCAAGGCAUCCAGAAGGAGGCGAAUAAUACGCACGAGAAGUUUGAGAAAUUAUUAAACCAAUAUAAUAGCGUUAAAAUCGAAUUGUCAAAUAAAUUGGGAGUAGUGGAGGAUUCUAAAAGCAGAGCGGAUGACCUAUUUAAAAGAGCGUUUCAAUUGAUGUUAAAAAUCAAAGGCGUCGAGUCCUCUGUGGAUGUUCUUAAAAAUUCUCCAGAAAGUUCCUUGAAAAAUUUGGAGCACGAAAUUCAGGCGUUAAUGAAUGAAAUGAAGCAGCAUAAUAGAAAAAUAGAACAAAGGGAAACUUAUUAUAAAAAAUGUACUUAAGAUUUUUACGAAAGCUUUUAGUUUAGUCUGAGACCUAUGUAUUUUGGCAUGUUAUUUAGAUUUAUAUGUACAUACUUUUCUUCAUAAUAUAUUAUUUCCAUUUUA